AUGGCAGGCUCGACGCCUUCCUAUGACGAGGUCAAUGACUCCGAUCGUACCAACACUAACAAUGUUAUCAAAGCAUCACACCUCGGCAUGCGUAUAUCAUUAUUCAGACGAAACUUCAUCCGUCGAGCUGAGCGGAUUCAUGCCCGGAUUCCAGCUAUUAAGAAAAUACCACUGUCAGCGAUUGGGAUUAUAUCGUUGAUAGCGCUGAUCAACAUGUUUAUUUGGGCUGUUUGUGGUGUUGUACUACAUUUUUAUCCAUCAUUGAUAUCCUCAGCCGCAAUAUCAUAUUCUUUAGGGUUGCGUCAUGCCCUCGAUGCAGACCAUAUCUCUGCCAUCGAUCUGAUGACUCGCCGACUUCUUGCAAGCGGCCAGAAACCAGUCACCGUAGGAACAUUCUUCUCUCUCGGCCAUUCCACAAUCGUCAUCAUAACCUCCAUAGUAGUCGCAGCCACAGCAGCAGCAGUAUCAACCCGCUUCGGAAGUUUCAGCACCGUCGGCGGCAUUAUAGGUACCUCCGUCAGCGCCGCGUUUCUGAUACUUUUGGGGAUCAUGAAUGCAUAUAUAUUGUACAAACUGGUGCAGCAGAUGCGCAAAGUGCUUAGAUUCUAUCGUCGACAACAGCAUGCAAACGAGCAUCCAGAUGAUGUGCAAGUGAAUGAGGAAGAGAUCGAUAUAUGGAAGAUUGAGGGAGGCGGAUUCUUGUUUGCGGUUCUGAAGAAGAUGUUUGUUCUUAUUGACAGGCCGUGGAAGAUGUAUCCUCUUGGAAUUCUGUUUGGAUUAGGAUUCGAUACAUCAUCCGAAAUCGCUUUGUUGGGCAUUUCGUCAAUUGAAGCUACUCGACAGAACAAUUUUUGGGUCAUGCUGAUUUUCCCCAUUUUGUUUACUGCCGGAAUGUGUCUCAUCGAUACAACAGAUGGCGCAUUGAUGCUAUCUUUAUACAUUCAACCAGCCACUAACUUCCUCCCUCCAACAAAAGAGCGGGAAACAGACCCAGAAGCCAAUACAGAGACAACCCGACUCUCAACACUCGAAGACGGCAUCGACACCCAACCGGCAACAACAACAGUCCUCGACGGAACGGACUCCAACAAACGCGACCCAAUUGCAUUCCUCUACUAUUCCAUCGUCCUCACAACGCUAACCGUCAUGGUAGCCCUGGUCAUUGGCAUCAUCCAAGUACUCAGUCUUGUGCUGAAUGUUACAGAUGCAACGGGCCGCUUCUGGGAUGGAGUGCAGACUGCGAGUGAUUACUAUGAUGCCAUCGGCGGUGGAAUUUGUGGCUGCUUUGUGGUUGUUGGAUUGUCGAGUGUGGCUUGCUACAAGCCGUGGAGGAGAUGGGCUGGGGUUGAUGUUGAUGCUGGCUGUGCACUGGAUAGCCAUAUCAAUCCAAGGCAGGAGGAACAUGGCAAUACGAAGGAAUUGAGAGCUGAGCCUGGUCAAAGUACUUCUACGGCCCAGGCUUUGGUUCAAGAAGAUAUGAAAACAGGGCCUCGUGUCUUGACCGACUAG